UGAAGCCCUAAAAAAGAGAAAGGAAAAACAUGUAGUGAAGAAAAUGAAAGCGGAGAAACACGUAUCGCUGAAGCCCUAUAAAAGGAGGCAGACCCCAACCCAAAAAUAUCUACUCCUCAUUAAACCCUAAUACACCUUUUAGGGUUUUUGAGAAUUCCUCUCCUUCACUCGGCCGCUCUCCACAUCUCUCUUCUUCAAAUCUUCUGUAAUGGGUAAAUCCAGCAAGAAGGCAGCUAAGGUCGAAGCACCUGCUGUUGUCGCUACUCCGCCUUUGAAGAAAGGCAAGAGAGAAGCUGAAGAAACUAUUGGGAAAAAAGUGGUGAGUGCUAAGAAGCAAAAGGUUGAAGAAAAGAAGAUUGAGGCCAAGGUCGUUAAGAAGAAAGUCGAGUCAUCGUCUGAUGAUGAUUCUUCUUCAGAGUCAGAGCAACUCCCCAAGGCUAAGGCACCACCUGCCAAGAAUGGUAUUGCACAUUCAGAUUCAGAGGAAAGUAGUGGUUUAGAGGAAGAUGCACCUAAGAAGGCUCCUGCUGCUGCGGCAAAGAAGAAUGGAAAAACUACUUCCAAGAAGAAAGAAGAGGAGUCAAGUGAUGAUGAUUCUUCAGACGAAAGCAGUUCUGAUGAGGAUGCUCCUGCAACUAAGAAAGCCCCUCCGCCUGUUGCCAAGAAGGUCCCUGAAGCUGCCAAAAAGAAAGAAGAGUCUUCUGACUCUGAGGAUGAUAGUAGUUCCGAUGAGGAUGUUGCCCCAACCAAGAAAGCACCUGCAGCUCCAGCUAAGAAGGCAGCCAAGAAAGACGAGUCUUCAUCUGAAGAUGAGUCCAGUUCUGAUGAGGAGGUUGCUGCAACCAAGAAAGCACCCGUAGCGCCUGCCAAGAAGGCAGCUGUACCUGUAGCCAAGAAGAAAGACGAGUCUUCAUCUGAAGAUGAAUCCAGUUCUGAUGAGGAGGUUGCUCCAGCUAAGAAAACUCCUGCAGGCACUGUUGCUGCUGCCAAGAAGAAAGAUGAGUCCAGUGAAGAAUCUGAAUCAGAAGAAGAAAGCAGCAGCUCAGAUGAGGAACAGGAAGCACCCAAAGCUGCUUCAUUGAAGAGGCCCACUGUAGAUGCCAAAAAGGCAAAGAAGGACAGCUCUGAUGAUGACAGUGAAGAGAGUUCCGAAGAAAGUGAUGAUGAUGAAGAACCUCAGAAAAAGAAGAUCAAAGGCCAAGCUGUCACGAAGAAGAGCAGUUCAGAGGAGUCUUCUGAGGAAGAAGAUUCCUCAGAUGAAGAAGAUGAGAAACCAGCCAAGACUCCCAAGAAAACUGGUGGCGAUGUUAAAAUGACAGAUGCUAAUACGACUCCCAAAACCCCUUCCACACCCAAAGAGCAAUCUGGAGGCUCAAAAACUUUAUUUGUUGGAAAUUUAUCCUUCUCAGUUGAGCAAGCUGAUGUUGAGAACUUCUUCAAAUCUGCUGGGGAAGUUGUAGAUGUUCGCUUUGCUAUGGGCCAAGAUAAUUCAUUCAGGGGAUUUGGUCAUGUUGAGUUUGCUACUGCAGAAGCAGCAGCUAAGGCCAUGGAAUUGAAUGGUCAAGAGUUGCUGGGUCGUGAAGUGAGACUUGACAUGGCAAAAGAAAGGAAUGCUGCCACUCCGUACAGCGGUGGCCGAGAUUCACAAUCCUUCCAGAAGGGCAGAGGAGGACCUCAGGGCCAGACAGUGUUUGUUCGUGGAUUUAACAAAUUUGACGGUGAAGACCAGAUUAGGAGUGCUCUGGAGGAGCAUUUUGGCGCUUGUGGUGAAAUCACUCGAGUUUCAAUACCCAAAGAUCAAGAGGGCGGUGUUAAAGGGAUUGCUUAUGUUGAUUUCAAGGAAGGUGAUGCCUUCAACAAAGCUUUGGAGCUAACUGGAUCUCAGCUUGGUGAGAGUACCUUGUAUGUUGAUGAGGCCAAGCCUAAGGAUGAUAGUAAUUCUGGUGGUGGUAGAAGUUUUGGAAGAGGAAGAGGUGGGGACUUUGGUGGCAGAUUUAGUAAUGGUGGGCGUCGUGGUAGAGGUCGGGACUCUGUAGGCCGUUUUGGUCGGGGUAGCAGAGGACGAGGAUUCAACAACAAGCCUAGCUUUACCUCAGCUGGAAAGAAAACAACGUUCAACGAUGAUGAGUAGUUGUCGCUGCUGUUGUGGGAUGCUUCUCUCCACUGGCAUAUGAGUUUAGGCUGAGUUUUGUCUUUUUACAUUUUGGGACUUUAAAAUUUAAUUUUGAGUGUGAAUCUGGAUCUAUAAACGGAUUGGAUCUUGUGAGCUUUUAUGAUUUGACAAUUUAUUAAGUUGCAUAUUUUUAUA